AAGAAGUGUUGCCACUGUUAAUCUUAAGCAACACAUUUAAUAAGUGUUGCAGGCAUAGUGUUGCCAAAGGCCACUUUUCCCGUAGUGAUCUUCUUUCUUGCAGGAGGAGCAAUCUCAUGGAGCUCAAAGAAACAACCUGUUGUGACACUGUCAACAACAGAAGCAGAAUUCGUGGCUGCAUCUUCCUGUGCAGCCCAAUGUGUUUGGUUGAAGAGAGUUGUGACACAAAUGGGAUGGCCAGGCUGUGCAGCAGGUUCAACUAAGGUCAUGUGUGAUAAUAGCUCUGCUAUUAAGUUGUCUAAGAAUCCAAUUAUGCAUGGCAGGAGCAAACAUAUAGAUGUUCGCUUUCAUUUUUUGAGAGAGCUGGCCAGGAAUGGAACAAUAGAGCUGGAGCAUUGUGGAACUGCAGAUCAAAUCGCAGAUAUUAUGAGCAAGCCAUUGAAGUUGGAGACUUUUCAAGUGUUACGCAGCAAGCUUGGACUGGUUGAUGGAGCUGAGUUAUGGUCUGAAGGUUGAUGAACUGAAGCUGUUUAAAAUAGGCUUCAGUUCAGGGGAGGCUGUUGAAGAUGCUGAAGUUCAGAGGAAUCCGAAUCCAUUCUGGAGAAGGAGAACAAUACUGCGUCGUUGAAGGUUCAUUGCUUAAGUGUGUGCCAUUAGACUGUGUCGUUUGGUAUUUUUCUGUGUUGGUCAUUAAUGUUUGGUCUAUAUUAGUAGUGGUCAGUCUGGCUAAACUAGCCGUUGCAGUAGUUUACGUUAGCAGAGUGAGUUAGUUAGCUUUGGAGCUAAUCUCCAGGGAUUCAGUAGUUGAGGGUCGAGUGUCAAAGCCAAGUCUGUAGGCUUUCAGUUGAGAGUCCAGUGUAUAAAGAUCGAUUCCAUUCAAUGAAUAAAGCUGUCAGUUUGCG